AACACAAAAUCGAAACUGAAACGAACGCACGUAGCUAUAGCUUUAGAACUUCUCACUUAAAGCGCACGCUGUUUACACAUUGACAGCGUACACUGGUUGAGCGUUCACAAACGGCAGCAUGAACAACUCUUUAAUUGAAAUCUCCAUUGAAGAUGAUUGAUGAAUGAUUAUCUCCCCGCUUUUGUAUAUUUAUUCAAAGAGAGAGAGAGAUGCCGAUCCAAUUACCGUCGUGUUUCAUUUGAAGCUCUUAACAUCACAACGGCGACGAUGCGUUACUCAGUGAUUCGAAUCAUCCCCUUGGUGUUUCUGCUUGACUUCAAAGCCAAGUCGGAGAUACUCGUUCCCGAUCUUCCACACAAACAGUACACCGUGAAUGGGGACAUUAAUUUGGGCGGGAUAUUUCCUCUCUCCGCCUUUGAUACAAAACUACCAUGUGGCAGCAAGUUGUGGUACGUUGGAAUCGUGCAGAUGGUGGAAUCUAUGGUGUACGCCAUAGAACUGAUCAACAACCGAUCCGAUUUGCUCCCGGGAAUCAGACUGGGUUACGCUAUUUUGGACAGUUGUUUAAAAGAUACCACCGCCCUGGCUCAGGCCAUGCAUUUCAUCCCGCGCAACGACACAAUUUGCAACAGUUUCGACCUAAUGACGCCAGCGCCGCCCGUGGGUACUGCAAACACCGGGUCGUCUGCCGCGGUUUCGGUUUCUAACAAUUCCAAAGAAUAUCACUUAUCCUUCGACGUCGUUGGUGUCGUCGGGGCAAUGAAGAGCGGCAGCACCAUGCAAGUGGCAAAUGCUUUGAAUUUGUUCCAUGUUCCUCUGAUCAGCUACGCCUCCUCUUCAGAUACGCUGAGCGAUAAGUCUAAAUACCCUUACUUCAUGCGUUUGGUGUCGCCAGAUAAAUUUCAGGUGCGUUGUUGA